AUGGAGUUGGGUUGUGCUACUGUGCAGGCUUCUUGCUCUCUAACUGUAACGGCCUCUCGACGUCGGUGUCCUUCUCUCUCCUUCUUCAGAUGUUCAAUUUCAAACCCUAUAAUCUCUUCUAAUCUCAAUGGCUGUAGUAUAUCAGUUAAGUCAGUCAGGCGGCGAAAAGCCUUUCUUAUUGCUGCUGUAACUACAGCACCGAGUGAUUGUGAAGGAGAGAAAUUGUCAUUUUCUGAUUCGUACGAACCAACAGCUAUUAAUGAUGACGAAAAAGAUGGUGUUGGUGAUGGUAAAAUGGCACGAGUAUGCGAUAAAUUAAUUGAUGUUUUCAUGGUCGACAAGCCUACUCCAAAUGACUGGAGAAAGUUGCUCGCUUUUAGCAAGGAAUGGGACAAUUUACGGCCUCAUUUCUACAAGAGGUGUCAGGAACAAGCGGAUAGUGAGGAUGAUCCUGGAAGGAAGCAUAAUAUACUUAGGUUUGCGAGGAAAUUGAAAGAGAUUGAUCAAGAUGUGCAAAGGCAUAAUGAACUUCUUGGAGUCAUCAAGAAGGCACCAUUGGAGUUAAGCGAAAUUGUUGCCAAGCGUCGCAAAGACUUCACGAAAGAAUUCUUUGUGCAUCUUUACACUGUAGCGCAAUCAUAUCAUGACAGUCCAAGUGAGAAAAAUGCCUUGGCAAAGCUUGGAAAUGAUUGUGUGGCUGCUGUCCAAGCUUAUGAUAGUGCAACAGAAAACAUGGAAGCCUUGAAUGCUGCAGAGCUGAAGCUCCAAGAUAUCAUCAAUUCUCCUUCCUUAGAUGCUGCUUGCAAGAAGAUAGAUGAUUUAGCUGAAAAAAAUCAACUUGAUUCAGCAUUGGUCCUGAUGAUUACAAAAGCGUGGUCGGCCGCUAAAGAGUCCAACAUGACAAAAGAUGAGGUCAAGGAUGUAUUGUAUCAUCUAUACAAGACAGCAGUAGGUAAUCUUCAGAGGAAUGUGCCUAAGGACAUUAGGAUACUGAAGUAUCUUCUUACAAUUGAGGAUCCUGAGGAGCGGUUGUGUGCGUUGAAUGAUGCAUUUACCCCAGGACAAGAACUUGAUGGGAAGGAUGUGGACUCCCUAUACACGACCCCAGAAAAGCUAUACACCUGGAUAAAAGCUAUGGUGGAUGCUUACCAUUUAAGUCAAGAAGGCACACUCAUGAGGGAGGCUAGAGAUCUGAUGAAUCCAAAGAUCAUUAAAAAGAUGGAGGAGCUGAAGAAGCUGGUUAAAGACCAUUUCAUGUGA